GUGCUUCAAAAGUCAAACGGCAAGCUGGACAGCAGGACGCAAUGAGCAACGCCAACACCGCAGCAACCGUCGCCACCGAGGCCGCCAUGGCCGCGCGCACCACCAACAGUUCAAGCGCCAUGCUUCGGCGCAUCGUUGCAUUCGACAUGGACGGCGACGCUGCGCUGCUUGCCGGACAGGACACGGACGCCACGAUGGAUCCGAACGCCAUCACCAGCCAUUGCGCGUCGCCUCGCCGCGUCACAUCGCCCGUACUGGAGGACGAUAACAAGACGCCAGCCGGGCGCGACUCUGACAAACAGCUCGUCGCACAACACAACUCGACGUCGUUCCGCGUCCGCAACGCCAAGGCCCGGUCGCCUCGUGCCGAGUCGGAGAAGGCGCCCAAGCGCGCACGCGUCAACCCGACGGCCGCGACCGGCGCCUAAGUGCGACCACGCCCUGUACCAAUGCUCAGCAGCAUACCAUCCUUACUCGAUUGCCACCAUACUGCAACACGAUUGUGUAAAUAACGACGCCGUCAUGGCUCUUUUUGUUG